CCCUAUAAAAUAAUGUGAGCUCCCGGGGUUAGAGUUUACGUGGCUUGGUGAAACCGUGGAUUCAGGCGUGUAAUUUGGGGUUGGCGGGACAAAAACUUAAAUUUCUCACUCCAGAAACCCAACUGUAGGUUCUAGGCAUGGUCAUGGAAGACGACAAGGAAGAGCGGACGCUUUGGGUGGGGAAUCUCAGCUCCCAAACGACGGAGGAGCUGCUAUACGAACUCUUUCUCCAGGCAGGUCCGUUAGUAGGAGUCACCAUCCCUAAGGACCCAGGCACAGGCAAGGCGAGGAGCUACGCCUUCAUCGAGUUCAAACACGCCGUGUCGGUACCGUACACCAUCGAGCUGAUGAACGGCAUACGGCUGCACGAGCGCUCGCUGCGCCUGCAGUGUCGUACCGGCUCCAAGCACGCCAGCCCCGCACACGGCGGCGUGGACAGUCCCAACGCCACCCCCACCCCAGUCACAGUUCACCACCCCCAACCGCCCCAGCUCCAGAGGGCCUUCACCACCCCCCAGAUGAACCCCCCACCCCAGGGGUUUAACCACUUACUGGGCUUCCCCACCCCACUGACCCCAGGGGCAGGCCUGAUGCCGACUCCCAUGGGUAUGCAGAUGAUGAGCCCUCACCAGAUGGCACAACAGAUGCAAAGAACGCCAAUGAGCCACCACAGGCCGAACCACAACAACAUGGGACAUCGGAACGAGUACAGCCCCAUGGACACGCCUCACAGGGGAUCCCGGGACAGAGAUCACAGGGACCAGCGGGGCUGGGCAAGAGAUUCAGACUACCGUGGGGGGAGGGAUUCAGACUAUCGUGGGGGGAGGGACGCAGAUUACAGAGAUCGCAGCAGGGACAGAGAUAACAGGAGAGAUAGCAGACACUAUCAACACAGGAGAUAGGGAUUUGUUGUGACAUUCCCUUAUAAAUGCUUUCAUAAUACAACAGUUCAUACUUCAUUGUCAAGGAUAGGGGGACUUUUUUUGACAGCGUUCUUGGCUUCUGUACUUUAUUUCUGUGUUGAAAGAUGUGAAUACAAAGAAACCUCAAGCUGAACAACCCUUUUUUUAAGUAAAGCAGUUCUGAUGGUGAUUUUCCAGCCACACUUUGUAAAUAGUCUUUUUCUCAUCUUUUAUAGUAGAGAGUAGCAUUACCCUAUUCAUGGGGCCUCUAGUCUAGACAGUUACAAAAUUGUCUUACCUGGGUUUGUCCAUUGUGAAACAGAAAGGUUUUAUUGAGAGAUGUAAAUCCUGCCUGAUCCUUUUUUUUUUUAGUUUUUUAACUUAAUUUUCUGUGUAUAUAAAUAGAUAGUGAUGUUUUCUAUUAACAGUGUACAUAUUUGGCUAAUGCCAUAUUUGAAUGUUCAAGUUACCUUUUCUUGUACAUGUUGUAUUAUUUACUUUUAUCCUAGAUAGGGGAUUUUAGUUGAGCACUAGUGUAUCAUCAGUGCAAUGGUGGUGAUGUUGAUAGCAACAAAAGUUCUAUUACAAAGCACACAUAAACAGGCACAUGCAUUACAGCACUUGUUUUCUAUUGUGGAUUAAGCAACUACAUGUAUUUUCUGUGGGUUUAUUCUCUAGAACAAACUUGAAACUGCAUGACACGGACAUACAGGUAAAUUAUAUGUGGACAUU